GUGCUGUCCCUGGGCGCUGACGUCCUUCCCGAGUACAAGCUGCAGGCACCACGCAUCCACCGAUGGACCAUCCUCCACUACAGUCCCUUCAAGGCCGUGUGGGACUGGCUCAUCCUUCUGCUGGUCAUCUACACAGCUGUCUUCACCCCCUACUCGGCUGCCUUCCUGCUCAAUGAGGAGCAGGUGGAGGAGAAGCAUUGGGACUGCAGCUACUCCUGUGACCCACUCAACAUCAUUGACCUCAUCGUGGACAUCAUGUUCAUCGUGGACAUUGUCAUCAACUUCCGUACUACCUACGUCAACAUCAAUGACGAGGUGGUGAGCCACCCUGGCAAGAUUGCCAUCCACUACUUCAAGGGAUGGUUCCUCAUCGACAUGGUCGCCGCCAUCCCCUUUGACCUGCUGAUCUUCCGCUCCGGCUCUGAUGAGACCACCACCCUCAUUGGCCUCCUGAAGACCGCCCGGUUGCUGCGCCUGGUCCGCGUGGCCCGCAAGCUGGACCGCUACUCCGAGUAUGGAGCAGCCGUGCUCUUCCUGCUCAUGUGCACCUUCGCCCUCAUCGCCCACUGGCUGGCCUGCAUCUGGUACGCCAUCGGCAACGUGGAGCGGCCCUACAUGGAGCACAAGAUCGGCUGGCUGGACAACCUGGGUGACCAAAUCGGCAAGCGCUACAAUGACAGCGACCUCUCCUCUGGCCCGUCCAUCAAAGAUAAAUACGUCACUGCCCUCUACUUCACCUUCAGCAGCCUCACCAGUGUGGGGUUCGGCAACGUCUCACCCAACACCAACUCGGAGAAGAUCUUCUCCAUCUGUGUCAUGCUUAUUGGCUCUCUGAUGUAUGCCAGCAUCUUCGGCAACGUCUCCGCCAUCAUCCAGCGCCUGUACUCGGGCACGGCCCGCUACCACACGCAGAUGCUGCGGGUUAAGGAGUUCAUCCGCUUCCACCAGAUCCCCAACCCACUGCGCCAGCGCCUGGAGGAGUAUUUCCAGCACGCCUGGUCCUACACCAACGGCAUCGACAUGAAUGCAGUGCUGAAGGGCUUCCCCGACUGCCUGCAGGCAGACAUCUGCCUCCACCUCAACCGUACGCUGCUCCAGAACUGCAAGGCUUUCCGAGGAGCCAGCAAAGGCUGCCUGCGCGCCCUGGCCAUGAAGUUCAAGACAACUCAUGCGCCGCCUGGAGACACCCUGGUGCACUACGGAGAUGUCCUCACCACACUCUACUUCAUCUCCCGGGGCUCCAUUGAGAUCCUCCGGGAAGACAUUGUGGUGGCCAUCUUAGGGAAGAACGACAUCUUUGGGGAGCCCAUCAGCCUCUACGCCCGCCCAGGGAAGUCCAAUGCUGACGUGAGGGCCCUGACCUACUGUGACUUGCACAAGAUCCAGCGGGAGGACCUGCUGGAGGUCUUGGACAUGUACCCAGCCUUCUCUGACAACUUCUGGAGCAACUUAGAGAUCACCUUUAACCUGCGAGAUGCAGACAGCGUUCCCCGCUCACCACUCAGCGAGGAGUAUGACUGCACCUACCGGCGGGUGCGCCGACGCAAGCAUUCCCUUUGCCAGCCCAACAAGCCUGACCCAGACACGGGCAUCUCUGAUGCAGAGCAGUAUCACACCUACUCAGAGCUCACCAACCCGCAGGACCCGCUGAGUAAGGACCAGUGGGACGACCUGGGCAGCAGCACCACUCCCUGCUCCCAGACCAGCGAUGAUGAGGCCAAGACUGGCAGCCAUACAAAAGCUGAGCCCGUCCCCACAUCCAAAAAGGAUGACUUUGCUCUGCCCACUCUCAGCCUCGUCACCACCAGCGCCGGCAGCACGGAGGUCGGCAAGCAGGCGGCAGAGAGCAGCCAGUCCUACACAGCCACCCCCAUGGACAUCCCCAACAUGUUCACCUUCUGGGAGGACCGAAGGCCGAACCACCACCCGGAGCCUUUGCAACACAUCUCCUUGGUACACAGCUCGCGGGACAUCCCCCUGCACAGCGACUACAGACCAGGGCAAAUCGAAUCCAGGCUGGAGCUCCUGCAGGCCCAGCUCAGCAGGCUGGAGUCCAGGAUGUCGUCAGACAUUAAUAUAAUCCUCCAGCUCCUGCAGCGCCAGCUGUCCCAAGUGCCGCCCGCAUACAGCCCCAUCUCACCGUCCUCCCACAACCUGGCCAUGUACAGCAUGCUCCCGCGGAGCCUGGAGCCGCUCACCCCCUGCACACCCCUGGGGGACGAGGAGACGACGACCCCGGAGCAGAGCCCGAGCUACACGGAGAUAGAAAAGUUCCACUUGAAAUCCAGGGACUCCUUGUCAAGCGGGAUGCACCUCACUGUGGCAUCCGACGAAACCAUGACGGUCUACUCUGAGCAGGAGCACCAUUCCCCACCUCUCCCGAACCCAGAGCCUCCCCACCAAAGGGCACCAAAUACCCAGGGACUCUUCCAGGGCUCUCGUUUCCCUUCCCUCCCUGAGCACUUGGAGGCAUCUUCUGAGCACCAGGACAUUCAGAGACACCUCUCCGACCCAGUGCUUCCUGGAAGUUAG